CCGAUCGGAAAUUUUAUUUUAUUGAACCGGAAAAUGAGCGAGGAUGUUGAGGGGAUUGUGGUGCGACUCUUAGCGAGCUUGGUGCUCCACGGCGAUGCCACUUUCAAGGUACCCCGGAAUGAGAACAAAUAUCGCCGAGUUUCGUACAACAAUCGACGGAGUCGCCAUCGCUUCUGUCUGGUGGUCUACAUGCUGGCCAAGAUUCACCGCCUGCAGGUGAACGGCGGCAGCUACACGGUCCGGGGUCUCUACUACGGCGAUACUCAGCUGAUAAGGACGCAGUUGCACAUUUCGGCAGCCCGAUUGGACGUAUGUCGUAUGCUGAACACGUCGCCCACUCGCUUGGGAGUGCUCUCCGCCUCCAAGGGCCUCAUCGCAGGCAACAUACGGAUGCUCAUGACUAACGGAGAUGUCCUGGACUGCAGCGUAUAUAGCGGGGCUAUCACGUUGCCCUCGAACACCGAGCAGGUGGAACGCAUUGUCACCCAGGCGGACCUUGUGCUGGUGGUCGAAAAGGAGUCGGUUUUCGAGAGCCUGCUUGCCCGCGAUGUUUUCAACACUUUUGGUCGUCGCUUCAUCCUGUUGACCGGCAAGGGCUAUCCAGAUUGCCGCACGCGGCGCAUCUUGCAUCGACUUUCCGUAGAGUGCCACCUGCCGGCGUACAUACUCGUCGACGCCGAUCCGUUUGGCAUUGAAAUAAUGCUCGUCUAUCGUCUCGGCUCGCAGUCUAUGAGCUUCACGUCGGGAGAACUAGCUACGCCUACGCUGCGGUGGAUUGGCCUUCACCCCUCCGAAAUACCGACACUCUCCAUCGGUGCGGUUGCCCUUAGCAGUAGGGACAACAAGAAAAUCGAAGACAUACUCGCUCGCGACCACAUUGGAGCCGGAGUGCGACAGGAGCUGCUCUCGCUGCGUCAGAUACAGCAGAAGGCCGAAAUCGAGAGUGUCAUUGACUUCCUAUUCACCGACUACAUUCCAAACAAAAUAAAUCGGAAUUUAUUUCUAUAGAUUCAUGGAAAAUGAAUACCCUACCUACCCGAAAGCUUACUCUGAAAGUGUUCGCAAACAGUAAUAAAGAAAGGAAAAGAAUCAAUCAUGUCAAACCCAUUUUUAACUAUAUUAAAGCCAUCCCAAUAUAAUUAUUAAUUUCCACCUGUAUUUGUACGGACUUAGUUACAGAUUUUUUGCUUAAUCCCAAUGAUCCAUUAGCUCAAUUCAUUCAACUCUUUUGUCAAACGAAAUAAAACUUGUGGCAGAACUCUUAA